AUGCUCGAUACAAAAUCUUUACAAAUAAUUUCACAAUUUAAAGAUGCAUUGAAUACUAGAAAUCAAUCGUCAUUAUCAACUACAAAAGCAUUAAGUGAUAAAGAAAAGAGUAAUGAAGCGGGAGUAAUACUAAAGGAUUUGUUACCAUCAUAUAAUAGAGGACUAAAAUUAACGAAUCAAAUACCAAAUUUAGAUUCAUUAAGUAGUAAAGUUAUAGAAUAUGAUGGUAAAAAAUAUAAUGUUUUAACAAAUGAUUUAAUUGAAAAAAAUAAUCUAAGAACCAAGAGAAAAUGGAAAGAUUUUUAUGGAGAUUCUAAGAAAAAUGAACCAAAAGAUGAAGAAUACGAACAAAUAUUAGAUUGGUCAGAUGAAAAUUACUCAGAUGAUGAAACUCACAAUAAUAAGAUUCAUCCAUUGAAACAAUCCAAAAUUAUAGAAUUAUUAUCACCACUAAAUCAUCCAUCUGAAUUAGUUACUCAUCCAGCUAUUUCAAAAACUUAUAAACUGGAAAUUUUAAAUAAAUUAGCAAUGGAAUUAAUUGAUUUAAUUGAAUUUGAACAAAAUAAUUUGAAUUGGUUAAAUAGAUUAUUACAAGUUUUAGAUGGAGAAGAUUGGUUUUACUUAUUGGAAGAAAAUUUGGGGUUGAAAGAAUAUGAUCAUGGUUUAGAUGAAAAUAGAAGAAAGAAAAGAAAAUUACAAGAAAGCGUAGGGGAUGUAAAAGAUGAUGCAAAAGAAGAUGUGGUGGCAGAAGUAGCAGACAUAACUACAGAAGCAGAAAAAUCAAAUGUAGGAGAAACUGAUAAUGCAAAUGAAACAGAAGAAGUCAAGAAUGGGGAGAUUAAGGCAGACGAGGUAAAUGGUGACAAAGAUGAAAAUAAACAAACCGAAAUACUAAAUGGUGAUGAUACAAAUAACGAAGAUAAAGGUGAGCAGGCUGAAGAUUUAACAGAGAAAAGUAUUACACUUGGAGAAUAUGAAGAUGAAGACGAAAAUAACGCAGAUCCAUUUUUUGCAUUACCAACUGCUAUCAAAAGAUAUGAAACGUUUCAAGAACUGCUAGAAUCAAAAGAUGAAUCUGGUGUAAAAGAAGAAUUAAUCAAUUAUCUACAAGUUAGUAUUCAAAGACAACAUGAAUAUAUUGAAAAUUUAACGCAUUUAAGAAAUGGAAUAGUUAGAGCUGAUCGCUUAAAAAAUGACUUAUUGAAAUGGGGUAAAGAAAUGCACGAUAAAAAAACUUAA